GUUAGCGUUGUUGUUCAUCAAAAAAGCAAAGCAACAAAGAGGGCGUAAAACGUGACGGACUAUACCUUGGGGAGGGGCAGGAUCCCUCUUUGUCGUUGGUGCGCCGCAGUGUUUAAAUGAUUGGAAAUUUGUCGUGUCCACGGGAUUUUAGGCCAUGACAAGUUCCAUGUGUCGAUAUAUGGCGUUGUUGAGCAUGAGAAAGGAGACUUGCUAGCACAGAGGCCGCUACUUGAAGCGAGACAUAAUGUGCUUCAGGGAUUGUUAAACAAAAUUUUUAAACCUGGAUUGGCAAAUGCCAAAUGACAAAUUGUAAACUUUUGUGGGAUGCAUAAAUUUUUAAUAGACUGAAAAACGAAAUACAUAUACACCGAUAUAAUAUUAUCGAGUUUAGAAGUGCGAUUUCAAAAAAAAAAAAAGAAACUGUGUCACUCAUAAGUAGUCUUAAUUGUCAUCUAACUGCCUUAUUGUUAUUGUGAGCACACAUGCGGUGACUGAUAUUAAACGACGGAUCAUUCUCGUAGAGGAAAAAAUGUUAUAAAAGAGAAAAACUAUUUUUCAUUAUAGUGAUUGUAGGUGUGCCUUAUUUGUGAUCAUCGAAGAGUAAGUUUAUCCGUCGAAGUAUAGAUGAACUUAUCGAUGAUCCGCUUCUAACAGGCCGCAGUUUUUCUGUGUAUGUGUCGAGUUCGUCGCCGGUGUUAUGAACAGAGCGGAUGCGUGUUGUGUACAGGCUCAAUACGUGAAAGACAGACGGGAAGUGGCGGUGGUGAGCUGAUAAGGCCGUCCGCACAGCGAGCAUUGACAACAUACAGUCAGCAAUCGGCCGCCGAUCGACGGUACGUAGAAAACGUGCUUAAUUUACAUAUCCAUAGGCUGUUGAUAAAGCGUUAAGGUUGAGCUUAUUAAACUGGCUCGACCGGCUGCUUUCGCUCACCCCGCCACCCCCUACGAUCGCCUCAUAAUGGAUGUCCUCGAGGAGAUGAAUCUAACCUUUUUUAAUAUAUCGGAGGUGUUCAAAAUAUAUAGAUCUAACUUCUCCUUCGAGGAUACCGACUAUGCGCUCUUCAUGCCCAUCUAUAUGGAGGUGAUAUGGUGCAUCCUGUUUUCCGUGAUGAUCGUCGUUGCAGCCUGUGGUAAUCUCAUCGUAAUUUGGAUUGUCUUAGCUCACAAACGAAUGCGUACCGUAACCAAUUACUUCAUCGUGAAUCUGUCAAUAGCCGAUACGAUGGUGUCAACGCUCAACGUUAUUUUUAACUUUACGUUUAUGCUACGGAGCGAAUGGUGGUUCGGGGAAUGGUACUGCAAAUUUAGUAACUUUGUCGCUCUCGUCAGUGUAUCGGCAAGUGUGUUUACUCUAAUGGCUAUCUCAAUUGAUCGGUAUAUGGCCAUCAUGCAUCCCCUUCACCCUCGAAUGUCCCGUAUGAUGACACUCAAUAUCGCGCUGUGCAUUUGGCUGUUAGCGGGUUUGCUCGCAUGUCCGCAGUACGUCUAUUCAAGAGUUAAAGAGCAAGACAACCAUACCGUUUGCUACAUGUUCCUUGAUGAAGAUGGAGAAAUUACCGAAAGUCGCGCCGAUUACCUAUACAACCUCGUGGUCCUGAUAGUAACUUAUAUCAUCCCUAUGCAGGCUAUGGCUUUUACGUAUUUUCGUGUUGGCCGUGAGCUUUGGGGACAGCAAAGCAUCGGUGAAGUCACUCGAAAACAAACCGAGGCAAUUAAUUCUAAACGAAAGAUCGUUAAAAUGAUGAUUGUGAUUGUCGCCAUUUUCGGUGUGUGUUGGCUGCCCUAUCAUCUCUACUUUUUGCUGGUGCAUCAUUACCCUGACAUGCGCAACUCUGUCUACAUCCAAAAUAUCUACUUAACCAUCUACUUUCUAGCCAUGUCGAAUUCGAUGUACAACCCUGUCAUUUACUGCUGGAUGAACAGCAGGUUCCGCGAGGGCUUUAAAGCGGUGUUCUGCUGCUAUGCAUUGACUGGCAAACAAUUGAGCGCAUUCGCCAAGAACAACCGGAAGUUUGCGCGGUAUUCGUGUGCGUCCGAACCAUAUUCAACCACCCGUGUCACGCUAAAUCAUCUACACACCACCCAAAACAUUAACAAUCAUCAGCUAAUCUCGAAUCAAGCCGACAUCGAUCUGCAGCAUCAGCCCGAUGGGUCAGCUUCUACAGAACCUGGAACUGGUGAAAACGGUAUUCACCGACUCUUGCGAAGCCAACAAAUCCGAAUACAGCGCAACAGCCAGUUACCCUUUGCUAACGGACACACUGAAGUAUAAUCAUAAUACCAUAGAAGGGUUAGACUACACUGUAGCUUCUACAAAAGUUUCUGAUUAGUUCGUGGCCCCCUUGUACGCGCGGAGUUCGUAUUUGAUUAAGUAAUAACAACAAUAUAUUUAAUGAAACAGAAAGGAGAGUAACCAGUACGUUUAUUGCUAGACUACUCGUAUAGUUAUAUCGUCAACUAUUGUAGCAACUGGCAUAAUACACUCUGGUAGGCACAAUGAUAGGCGAGCAGUAUGAAGAACGCAUCGGCUUUACCUCAACGCAGUAACGCCAGUAGCAAUAAUAACACUGUUAUUACCACUGAAUAUAAUAGCUCUAGCAGAUAAUAUAAAUGAAAUACCUGCCACACUUUUCUACGUAUGUAAUAGUUGGCUAUAAGUAUGUUGUCUACAACAUAACAGAUAUAUCGAAUGAACAUGUCUAUAUCUGAUAACACGGGUGCCAAGAAAAACGCACCGGAAAUGUCGAUGCUUACGUCGUACAGUAUGAACUCAUUAUUGUUGACAUCGAAAGAGCGAUGUGGUACCGCAAAAUACGGGUACACAGGAUGCAAUGUUCCAUGACAGGCACAGUUUCUUUUUGGAUAUCUCGACAUGAUUUGUCUAGACACCCCUCAAUGCACGAAUGCUCAGCCGCUUUCAAUAGGCAUCCGAAGCAGCGAACUGUUAGCCUGAACGUUGUAAUACAAAAACAGAAAAAUAAAUAACAAGAGGAGCGGGAACAAACUUUGUUGUUUACUACGACCAAUUUGGGAGGUGUUUUUUGCUAAUAACAAUUACGGUUUGGUGAUGUUAGCUGAAUAUGAAAUAUCGCAUAGCUAUUGAUCGUCUGUCCAAAUAAAUCGAAAGAAGGCUAAUUAAAGAAGCACCUCUAUCGCCUAUGUGGGAAUGGCUGUACGCCCCGAAACUUGAUUGAUAUCUAAGUGACGAUUGACCAUUGAAGUGUUGAUCGAGCUGAGAACGUUACUAUCUAUAAAUUAUCAUAAAAUCAUGAUAUUUCCCCAUAUAGCAAGAGACGUAACAGUACGAGACUUCAAAUACCGUCUGCACCAAAUAUCGACUACUAGCUAUUAGGAAAAAGGAUGAAAAUUCGACUUGAAGUAGCAGAUUGAUGACGAUUUGAUUGAACUAUAGGAUGUUGUUUGUACAUAUAAUGCCAGCGAUAAUAUUGUAAAUAGCGCCCAAAUAAUUUUACGAUAGAUGCAUAUAUAUAUACAUAUAUAGGGUGGGGCAAGACUCUUUUUACAGUUUGAGCAUCUUCAUUCUAUAUCUGUACACUAUUUAUAUAGUAAGCAACCCCUGAGAAACUUUUGCGCCACUUUAUAUGUAUAUAUAUGCACGUAUGCGUUUGUAUGAAUGUGCGUUUUAAUCGAUUAUAAUUUAUACACCAUUCGUCUAGAUACUUAGGUAUGUACUAGCGAUACAUGAUGUAGUCGAUGCAUGUACUCCCCGUGCGGAAUUAGAAGAGCACAUGUGAGCUGUUCGAGUGGCACGAGAAACGCAGUGAUUUCUGGCGGAAAGAACACACACGCUGCUAUAGUAAGAACUUUUCAGAUGCAUCAAUUUUCAUCAUCGUCGUCCUAUGAGCCAUAA